AUGUAAUAAGUCAAAUAGUUUGCCUUUCGAAAACCUAAUGUAGUGCAGAAGCCAAAGGCUGAAACAAGUAAAAUAGAAUAUUUCAUUCAAGUACAAUUGAAACCUGUUGGGAAGGUUCUUCAACAAAUUCCUCUAUCGCACUCUUAAGUACCAGAGUAUAAUUCAAUUCUAUUAAUGUAAUGAAUGAGAUUUAACUAUUUUAGUAAAGAAGAAUUUUAAAAAUUAUAGUAUGAAAAUGAACAAUUAAGACAUUAGCUUAAUACUAAAUAUUAAGAUUAUGAUAAAAAAGUUUAAAUCAUGAACGAAGUAUUAUUAUUCUUAUCCAAGCUAGCUCACAAAUUAGAAGGACAACUAAAGAGAAGAGAAAGUGAUAUUAACUAUUAUAUUCACAAGAUCGAAUAUAAGGAUAAGGAAAUCAAAUAAUAGAAAGAACUCAUUGCCAAAUUGAGAAACAAGAAGAAAGAUUACAAGAUGAAAUUCUUAGCCCUAUAAUAACAGCAACCGCAACAGCAACAACAACAACAACAAGAUCACUUUCAUUCCUUAUUAGGAAUGAGGGAACUUCUGCUGCAAUUCAGAUUGACAGCCCAAGUGUUGCCACUCCUAUAACUAUAGUAGAGAUUGAGACAAUAUCAAAGUCAAAUUAUCGAUGUAGACAAUAUGAAUUAUGAACAAUUGCUGUCACUGGGAGAAUAGAUAGGGUAUUCUCUAAUUUAAGGGUUCUUAGAAAUGUGUCGAAUGGGAUGACGAGAGAGGACAUAAGGAGGAUUCCUAAACGAGAAAUUUAGGCGAGUGAUAACAUCCAAGGAGUGUGUCCAGUUUGUCAAUGCAACAUGGAGAUAGGGGAGAAGUAUCGACGAUUGGGUUGCAAUCAUCAUUACCAUGCGAAAUGCAUAAAGACAUGGUUAUUGCAGCAUAAUAAUUGUCCUGUUUGCAAACAGAGUGUUGUAAUUGCUAAUUGAUUAUUAAAAA